UCAACGCGUCUUUUCCGGCCAUUACUAUACUACAGUCGUCAUCGCGUGAGAGCGAGUGAAUUAAAAAUUUUUCAUACAAAAUUAAUUGAAUUUAUCAAAUAAAUAAAUAUUAGUUUAUUAAUUUCUAAGUAAAGUUCUUUAAAAGAAGUUAGAAAUAAACAAAAGAAACAACUAACAAAAACCAAAACAAUGUCUGAUAACAAGAAUAACGACUGCGAAAUGAACGGUGAAGACUUCUCACAAGAUGUCAGUACCAAUGACCAACAAAAUGAAGAAAAUGGUGCCGGUACAAAUGGUAAUUCGGCCGAAUCGCACGGACGAGAUGAUGACAGGAAACUUUUUGUUGGUGGACUUAGCUGGGAAACCACAGAAAAGGAACUUCGUGAACAUUUUGGUCACUAUGGUGAAAUUGAAAGCAUCAAUGUUAAAACAGACCCACAAACUGGUCGUUCAAGAGGAUUUGCCUUCAUCGUUUAUACAGCUGCUGACGCCAUUGAUAAGGUUAUCGCUGUGAGCGAUCACAUAAUUAAUAACAAAAAAGUUGACCCCAAGAAGGCCAAGGCUCGUCAUGGAAAGAUCUUUGUUGGAGGUCUUACUCCUGAAAUUAGUGAUGAUGAAAUUAAAGCCUAUUUUGGACAAUUUGGAACUAUUGUUGAAGUUGAAAUGCCAUUUGACAAACAAAAGUCACAACGUAAGGGUUUCUGCUUUAUUACUUUCGAUUCAGAAUGCAAUGUCAAUGAAUUGUUAAAAACACCAAAGCAAAAGAUCUCUGGUAAGGAAGUAGAUGUUAAGAGGGCGACACCAAAACAAGAAAACCAACAAAUGUCGACGAUGCGAGGUGGACGUGGUGGUGGCCCACGUGGUGGCAGUCGUGGAGGUUAUCGACUAGGUUAUCCCCAUCAAUGGUCCGGCCAAGGUGCAUACCCAGCAUACGGUUACAGCGGCGGCUAUGAUGCAAGUCCCGGUUAUGACUACUACAGCGGUGGCUAUUACAACGGCUACGACUACGGCUAUGCUAUCAUCACUAAUCAAAGUAAAAACUAUAAGAAUACUGUACAAAACGCCAACCACUACUACAGCAGUUAUUUAAAUAAACCAAGAUUUCAAAAUUAUAUGAACAGUACUACUACUACAAAUAGGCAACAUAACAGCAACAACAAUUUUAAUUACUCGUAUAAUAAUUAUAAUAAUAACAACAAUAGAUCAAGACCAAAUAAUUAUAAUUACACCAACAAUAACAGACAACAACAAAAACGAACAGAACAACCACAAAAACAACCCCAACAACAACAACAAAAUAAUGAAAACAAUUUCCAGUAGAUUGUUGUUUUUAUAUAUAUACAUAUUUUUUUUUGUUUAUCGUUUAUUACAUAUAUAUAAAUAUUUUUUUUUUUUAAAUUUCACCUAAAAGGAAUAGUUAUCGAAAAUUACAAAAAGAAAAAGAUUUUAUUCUAAAUUUGCACUUGCGACGAAAUUUUAAUAAUGAAUCCAAACUUCUUUUAUUAUUCAAUGAAACACGAGAAUAGUAGUUAUCUUUUUCUCUCUCUCUCUGUCUCUUUUUGAAACAAUUAAUUUGAUAAAAUUUCUUUAUAAAUUUAUCAAAAACAAAAAAAAAAAACGAGUAUAAUUUUAAAAUUCAAUUUUUUUCCUAGAUUUAUUCCAAUAUUUUAUUUUUACUUUGUGUAACUUUUUAGUAACAAUUACAAUUUUAUUAUCUAAGUGUCUUGACCAAAGUAGCAGACAAUUGGAUGAUGUUGUAAUUUUUAUUUUAAAAUAAUAAUGAUAAUAAUUAAUAAUAAUAGUGUAUGACUGGCGAAGAGUGUGUUGACUUAAAAAACAAGAAAAAAAAUAUAAAUUAGCAAACAAAAUUUUAAAUUCACAACCCCCCUCCUCCCCCCCAAGACUAAAUCUCAACUCAAAAUCAAAUUGCAUGUAUGUAGUUCAUGUACAACAUAAAAUCACAAACCACAUAAAAAUAAUGAAAGUUUGGGAGCUGUCGUAAAUAAAAUUUUUGACAGAAUAAUUGUAAUCGGAAACGUUUACGAAACCCAAAGAGAAAACGAUCACCAUUUGUAUGAAAACUUUCACUACGAUCGUCUUUUUCGUGAAGUCUUUCUUUGGGAUUCUAAAAAGUUAACAACUACAAUGGAAUUUCAUUGUGAUCCUUUGGAAUCUGUUUAUAACAAGAAAACAAUUUCUAGAGGAACCCCUGGAAACUAAAUUAGUGUUCGAAAAAAUUCCUAGGAAAAUUUUAUUUCCGAUAGCUUCCAAAAUAUAUAAACAACCACACAAAACAACAACAACAAAAUAAACAAGCAUACUUACUCCGUAUGCAAAUAUACCUCAAGUAUAAUAUGCAACAGUUGGACCUGCAAAACAAGCAAUUUAUAAACUGUGCCAAAAACCACUUUUAUAAAGAAGUAGUUGCGUCUUGGAAUGCUGAGCUUUUUCUCUCUUAUUGAGAUAAUUAAAUACACCAUGAGUUAUGCUUUUAAUUAUUAUUUUUUUGUUUUAAACAAAAGAAAAAAAACCACUGAAAUAUUACCGACGCUCAUAUUUUUUUCUUCCUCAAAACUAGUUUCAAAAGGGUUUUUGAUUGAUUUGAUAAACUUGAAAUUUCGAAAACCCUUGUUAAACUAGUUUCGAUGAAUAAACUUAAUAAUAUGAUGAACACGAUGCGUCGUAAGCAAACAGCAAAACAUUUCAAGAUCAACCUUUUUCACAAAAGUUUAAUUGUGCCUUUUUAUUAUAUAAAAACAAAUAUUUAAAAAAAGGAGUUAUUGAUUUAACACCUGUUUAAAAAAAUAAAUAAAACACACAUCAUCUAUAUGAACGGAUGGAUGGUGCAUAAAAAUGAAUGACUGUAUUUAGUCAAGCCCGUAGAAGAGCUUAUUAUAUGUAUAUACACAGAAAAUCUAUGUAUAUUAUAAUAUCAAGCUAAAUGCAUAUAUUUUCGUAUGCAAUAUUUAUAUUUAUAUAUAUAUAUAUAUUUUUAUUUUAAACAUACUAUUUUAAUAUAGUAUAAGGAAUAGGUACGGAAUAGGACAAUGGUAGUUGUUGUUGCUUUUGCACAGCACAAAUGUACCUUGUCGACCUAAAACAAAACAAAACAAAAAAAAACAUAAACAAAAGAAGCAAAACAAAACCAAACAAACAAAACAAAAACAAACAGCGCCUGCAAAUGCGCGUUGGAUACUUCUUUUAUUUGCACGCAUUUGUUAAAUUUACAUAUAUUUUUUUUUUAAAAAAAACUUUCCAAAUUUUUAAUAAACACCUUCAACACUUAUUUUUUCAAAAUUUCUGUGUUGUUUGUUGUAUUUGCAAAUCCUUUUUGCAAGAUUUUUAAUUAUUUUGUUUUAUUAAAUUUUCAAAAACAUACAUAAAUAAAUAAGAACACACUUCGUCAAAGAUUAAAAAUAUUAAAAUAUUUUGCAAUAUUUUCGUAGCUAACAUACACGUACAUACAAUUAUUAUAAACAAAAACAAACAAACAAAAAAAAAGAAACAAGUAAAUUUAAUUAUAUUUUUAAACAAACAAAAAGAAAAGUAAAAACAGAAAAAACGUUUUUUGGCUGCAUGUUUCUCAAUGUUAAUAUUUCCUUAAAUUUUGAUUAUUAUUAUUUUGAGUCUUUUCCCAUGUAUUCUAUUAUAUUUUUUAUUAAUUCUCAAAAUCAAUGGUAUAUUAAUAUUAUUCUAUAUAUAUUAUAUGCUAUAUAUUUAUGUAUUCUUCAUUUUAAAAUUUUGAUAUGUAACAUAUUUAUUUUUUUAUUUUAUUUUUGUGAUACCGAGUUUUCUAAUGUUUCGCCUCACUCUUUGGAUGAUUCAAUCAUAUAUAAUUUUACUUUUGUUUUUAUAUAUUUUUAAUAACUACUUUCGAUCUUGGUAAUGUUUUUUUGAUUUUUGUGGAAAACUUAAAAAUUUAAUUCGGUUGUAUUUUGAAAUGCUUCUGUUGUUGAUUUGAUUUGAUUUGAAUUCAUGAUGAUGAUAACGAUGAUACAUCUCUUUUCUUCUCCGUCGUCGUAUCGUAAACCCACAAAACAAAAGAGCAAAAGAAUGAUGAAAGAAAAUUUAGUAAAACUUGGGAGUUGUUUUUUUUUUUCCUUUUCGUACUUCUAAAAUUAAUCAAUAAUAAUAAUAACAAUAGAGUAGUAGUUUUUUUUUUGUUUUGUUUUUCUCUAUAUAGUAAUUUCAAGAUAAAAGAAAAAAGAAUAUUUAAAUCAACUAAUAAAACAGAAAGAAAAAAACCUUCCGCGAAAGGGGUGAGGUGAGACAUUACAAAGUUUAAAAAAUUUGCCAACGCAAAAGUUGUGGAAAAUAAGGUAAAUAAAAAAAUUCAAUAUAUGUGGAAAUGCAUUGUGAAACAUGAGAAUAUUAUUUAUUUCUUUUGUAAAUCAAAAAAAUAAUCAAUCCAAACAAAAAUUAAAGAAAAAAUGAUAAAAAACCAAACAAAAUUAUUAAAAAAAAAAAUACACAAUUAUAAUCCAAUAAUCAUUUUAUAAAACGAUUUUUCUUCUUCUUCUUCUCAAACAAAAUGAUUAAGCAAAAUUAAAAAAACAAUUUUAAAAAUAAUAUAAUAUACCAUCUUCAUAAAAUUAAAGUGAAUUUGCUUUUUGGUUAUAUUUUAUAACAACAACAACAAACAAAUAAAAUGAAAACGACAAUGUUUGACAAAAAACCGAAUAUAUUAUUUAAAAAAAGAAGAAAAUUUUAUAACAAAAAUCAACAAUAUGGUAAUGUUCUUUAUUAAAGCAAACAAAAACAAAGAAAAGGCAAAUAAAAGAAUCAAAACAAACAA